AUGAAGAGUGGAAAAGCUCCUGGAAACGAUGAAAUUAGUGCUGAUCUAUUGAAGAUGGAAAUCAAUGACGUGGUUAACUUAAACCAGUUACUGGAGGAAUAUCGUCGCGGUUCAUUUACACUUGAUGGUGUUGUAACGGGUUUCCUUCUAUGUUUAAUCAUAACUUAUUCAAAUAUCAGUUUUAUGUUUGUUAUGUUAGCAUUCACGUUAAGUGGAUCUUAUGCAACAAAAUAUAAAAGUGAUAUUAAAAGACUAAAGAUUAGUGAGGGAGGAAAAGAUCAAACGACGAAAACAAAAAAAGUUGCACGAAAUUAUAUUCAAGUGUUGUGUAAUGGUUCGAUAGCUUUUUUAUAUUCAUUGUUCUAUUGUUAUGAAACAAAUUUAAGUGGAAAAACAUUACCAAUUGAUUUUCACAACUAUUAUUGGCCAUCAAUUUAUUCUAUUGGACUUCUAUUUAGUAUUGCCUGUUGUUGUGGUGAUACAUUGGCAUCGGAAUUGGGCACAGUUUUAUGUCGGACAAAUCCCAGACUAAUCACAAAUUUAUUCAGACGUGUACCGGCUGGAACAAACGGCGGAAUCUCAUUAGAAGGAACUUUAGCUAGUAUAUUUGGUGGUUUUAUUGUUGGACUGAGUUUUUAUCUUGGAAAUUUAGUAUUUUGUGAUAUGAGACAGUAUGCUGAUCAUAUAGAACCACAAUGGCCAAUUAUUCCAUUAUGUGCCGUAUUUGGUUUAUUAGGUUCAAUGAUUGACUCACUUCUUGGAGCUACGUUACAAUACAGCGGGUAUGAUAAUGAACGAAAAUGUUCAGUACUUAGACCAGGAGGAGCAAAUGUUCAAAAAAUAUCAGGAAGAAAUAUUUUGUCAAAUAAUCAGGUGAACAUUAUAGCAUCAUUUUUAACUUCGAUUGUGGCUGUUUUCACCGUUCCAUUAUUGUAUAAACAUUUUUUUUAA